AUGAGACGUGACACUUCUAUCAGCGAGAAUAUUUCAUGUGCGAAUUGUGAACAAAACUUUCAAGCCGAUUCGAUGUUUUACUGUGAAACUUGCAAACAGUCUCUCUGCUCGGAAUGCAAAAUAGCGACACAUAGUGCACGCAUGUUUGCAUCGCACAGUGUAAUUCCGAGGAGCAGUUAUGGGGCCGUGAUCAAAUGUUCGAGUCACCCUGACUCGGCCGCGAUUAUUGCGAACACGGCGCAAAAUGAAUUCGUUUGUGUGAAAUGUUUCUCCGAUUUCCCGGACGAGCUAAAGUCUUCUUGUGGCGAAAUUUCCAGCACAAUUCAGUCAAAAUUGUCAGUUUUGUCGCAAGAUUUCGAUCGCUUACAGACACAAAAAGCAAUUGUACAGGGCAGAGUGCUUGAAAAUGACGACGAAUUUUCAAAGUUUCGAGCAGUUUGCAAUGAACGAAAGAAAGUCGUGGCUGAUUUCGCUCAAGAGCUGGUAGAUGAAGUCCGAAAAGUCGAAUAUCAGCUCAUUUCCGAACUUGAUAAAGAAAUUGGAUCGAAGGAGAAAAGUUUGCAAAGUUCAAAAGAAAAAUCGGACAGUUUCAUCUCAAAUGUGGAGUUACACACCUGUAUUUUUGAGCUUGUGAGAACUUCAAAUCCUAACUCGGAGUUUUUAAAAAUGUGCGCUGAAAUGGAGAAAAAUUUGAGCGAUCUUUCUGAUCUGAAAACUGAUUGCUUGUCGCACAAACCUGCUACUCAUAAUUCGUUUUUCGAUUAUAAAACCCCUUUCAAAAAAUUGAUGGCAGAUAUAACGACUGAUUCUCAAGCUCAAGCAAGCUGUUUUGAACUAGACUCUUUAAAGUUUCAAAACUUAUCAUUAAUUCGAACUAUUUCACAAGACCCAGUUCAGAUCCAAAAGCUAUUGGAUUGGGCUAAACCUGCAAGUCCAAUGCUUCGACUAUCGGCUCCCGCCAAUUUUUCAUUGGAUUCUCCAUCCUUCAACAGAUCGCUAAACUCAUCGUGUAGUUUAUCGAGUGCAAGCCGUGCUAAGUUGUGUCCCGAAGCAGAACAAGCCAGAUUAGAAGUGAAGCAGCUACGGAAGCUGUACGAGUCAAACAUUAGCAAAGUGCAGUCGCUACAGUUAGAUGUCACAAGGCGGAAAGUAUAUCCUAAAAAGGUCGAAGCUGAACGGUUGUCAAGUGCCAUAGAACACUUCAGAAAAAGGGCGGAAGAACUCAUUCUGAUGAUCGGAAAUGUCAUUGAAAAAGUAGGUUCUAAAGCCCAGAGCUCGCAGCCUGAAAACGACGAAGAAGAUUUUGAGUUUACGCGACAAAAGUUAGAAGAUUGGCUGAAAGAGUGUAAAGAGUUGCAAGGGAAGCAUGAGCAAAUGAAGGCAAUUUUGAAGAGUAUUAAGCCGUAUAUCCUAUCGGUCACUAAGCAGAAAGAGAAGAGCAAUACCAGACUCACUCCUGUGGUGCCCUACGACCAUCUGGAAGACCUCAAGAGAAGUGUAGUGGUUGACGAUUUGGUGCAGGAGCAGAGGAUCCAGGCGAUUGAAGCCAUGUACAAAAGUCAGAGCAUGGAAAGAUCGACUGUAAACAACUCUGAGAUUCAGAAGGAACUUCAGCUGACGAAACAGAAAUUGAAGAGAGCAAAGUGUAACCCAUCGACAUCUUCGCUACAGCUGGGAACUGCAAUUGAUUGCUGCAGUAGUUCGCAAGAUGGUUCCACUGGAGAUGCAUAUGUUGAUGAUCAGUCAGAACCAUCCACCUCAAUGCCGUAUUCUGUUCAAGAUUAA